UAACUAAAGUAAAAGGAAUAACUAAUCUUUGGCUAGAAUUUUGUAGAACGGUCUUUAUGACUAAACACGAAGCUCAGCGCGCGUGCGCGUCCUUGUAAAUUUUUGGAAUUCAGCAAAAGCGAAAGUCACCUUCUGCCAUCCACUACUACCAUUUUCAGACUUAGUAGAACGCAAGAAGCAAAGACCAUAACAGAUCAAAUGGUAGAAAAAACGCUAGCAAACAAGGAAAACGUUGCUGAAAACGCGUCCACGAGCGCACAGGGCGAUUUGACCUUGAACAGUGAACCUGUUUCCCUUUCUUCAGCACCCUCUUCGAAAGACAAGAAAAAGGCCGUGAAGAGAGCCAAGAAGAAGGCUUCUAAGAAGAAGAAGAGUGCAGCAGCUGCAGCUGCUGGUGACUCUACUUCUGAGCAAAACCCUUCUUCAGCCAUGCGUACAGAGACCAUAACUGAAGCUGAAGAGGAAAAAGAGCACGGAACAGAUGCUGCUGCUAAAGACUUCCCUCACCAAGCUACUAGUGCUAGCCCUGCUGCCGUAGAAAUAAGCAGCAGCGACAAUAGCAGCAUUCACAGCGAAGACCAAAAGUCUGCAUUUACAGAAGCUCCCAGCGCUGCUGAAGAAAUUGAAACUUCCAAGAACAACGCUACCGAAGAAACACAGGGUUCGAACGAAAUGCGAUCCGGUGCUUACAAACCAGAGACUACUACAUUCACUGAAGUUUCAUCUCCACCAACCACUGGUGUUGCAAAGAAUCUUGAAAAUACGACUGAAGACGCACCUGUCGCUGAAAACAAGCCCAUUGAGCCUGAAGCCAAUAUGAUUUCGAAAGAGUACAACCAGAAGCGCGGUGACGAGAACGCUCCUUCCAACGUUAAGCCCGAUGUUGAUGCAAAAGCCUUUGCUAGCAAGGCUACAUCCGCUUCCGAAAAUGCUGAUGCAUCCGCUAGCCCCGUAGGUCCCUUCUCCACGAGUUUGGCCAUGACUGAGCAAAUCGGCACUGACGUACAACAGGAGAUCGCUUUCGAGGAUGCACAAGACUUUUCUUACAAUGACUCAGCCGUCCCUCAUACCACUACUGUCACUACUGAGGGCACUUCUACCGCUCCUUCUACUGCCGCACAAAGUACCACCACCAGCAAACACGCAGAAGACUCUACUGAAGGUAUAACCAUGCCUGGUAGCUUGACAUCUCCCGCUGAUGCUGAACAACCUGCUUCCUCUGGACAAUAUGCUUCCGUCAAGCAGCCUGAAACUUCUUCUAAACCUGCCGACACUGCCGCUGCUGGUGCUGGUACCUCUACCGAAGCUGCCAAGCCUGCCUCCGAUGCUGCUGAUGCUGCCGCUACCAAGAAGGCUACUGAACCUACCGCCGGUGCUGGUGAUACUACCGCUACCAAGGAGGCUGUUGAACCUACUGCCGGUGCUGGUGCUGCCGCCAAGGGUGCUCCAGAAUCUGCUGCUGGUAAAGCUCAAGCCCCGUCAACUGCCGCUGACAAAGCUGAGGCUGAGGCCUCUGAUAAGGCUCCUGUUACUGAGGGUGCUAAAGGUGAUGCUGCUCCAAAAUCACCAGCUAAGGAUGCCCAAAAGUCUCCUUCCAAGGAAGGAGACAAUUCCCUCAGCCCUUCCAAGUCCACAAAAUCUGCCAAGGCUCCCAAGUCAAAGGGCCCUAAGGAAGCUGGUGCUGAUGCUGAUGCUGAUGCUGAUGCUGGUGCUGGUGCUGGUGCUGGUGCCCCCGCUGGAGCCGGGGCAUCCUCUGAAGCCAAGCCCACCACUGGCCAAGCUGGUACUGAGGCUGCUGAUGCUGAGAACAAAACUAAAAAUGCUACGGAAGCUCCUGCUAAGAAGUCUUUGUUUAAGCGUAUCAAGAAGGCUAUUCGUAAUGUAUUCCAUUAA